UGUGGCUUGCUGCAAGAGAUGGAUGUCAUCCAGAAACGGGGUGAAAACUGUUACUGCUAUGUGCAAAACAGAACCGUUCGCUUACAGUACAUUUGGUCAACUCUUCAGGUGAAAGUUAACAGCACAGAAAUGUUCAGGUUUGAGCCUGUUUCAGCAAAAAGCAACUGUCGCCAUGCAGAAACUGUUCUUGAGUUUGCUGCCUGUGCUGUUCAGAUCUUCUGGAAACCAGAGACAUCUACAGAAACUUCCCUAAGCAUCAAACAAUAUGGAGAGGAUCUUUGUUUCAAGAUACAGCCACUCAGAACCGAACCCUACACCAUCACUGUGAAACGAGAAAUGCUAGAUGGAAAGCUCUUGUUUUUGUUUGUAGCUGGAAUUUUUCUGUUCCAUUUUGCAAACAGCCUGAGCAGGAGUACCAAGUUCUUUUACCUUUCUGGAAUAAUACUGGGUGUUCUUGCUCUGCUAGUCUUUGUCCUGUUGGCACUUAGAAGGUUUAUUCCAAGGCACAGUACCUUCUGGAUCUUAAUGAGUGGCUGCUGGAUGUUCUCCCUCUAUUUAAUUUACUGCUUCAAAGAGAAUAUGCACUGGUUGUGGUCUGAACACAGAAACUACUUAAUGGGGUAUUUUCUGGCUGUUGGAAUUGCCAGCUUUGCUGUUUGCUAUCAGCAUGGACCACUGACCACUGACCUGAGCAUAACCUUGUUCAUGUGGACACUCCAGCUCACAGCCUUUCUCCUGAUUUACUGCAGCAUCACCAUCCCUCACGUUGCGUACACGGUGAUAGCAGUCAGCCUCUGUUCCAAAGGCCUGGGCUACCCUCUUGGCGCUGCCUCUCACAUAGGCAGAAAAAUGAAAAAAUGCUUUAAACCUAAAAAGUUGGAGUUUAAAUUCCUGACUGAAGAGGAGUAUCGAGAACAAGGCGAAACAGAAACCAUCAGAGCCCUAGAGGAGCUACGCUCAUUCUGCAGCAACCCUCACUUCCCAUCGUGGUUAGCUGUAUCCAAGCUGCAGUCCCCACACAGGUUUGCAGCUUUUGUCCUGGGAGCUCCCCACAUCUCACCUGCAGAAGCAAGGGCACACGAUGAGGAAUACAGCAUUUGGAGCUGCUUCCUGGAGGAGCAGCUCUUUGAGCCAAGGGCAGAAUCUGAGCAGGAGGACCCAGCCAAUUCCAUCCAUGAGGGAAACGAGGAUGAAGAUGAAAGGCCUGAACGAACUGCAUUUCCGUAUGCUACUGAGUUGCUCUGA